GCUUGUCUCAACAUCGAGGUCCGUUCUCGAGUAAAACACCCUCGAGGCCAUCACCGGGCUUAGCAUCCACCAUGGUCGGCUUAUUCAACGUCUUGGAACGAACUAGUGAAGAGAGAAGGUUGUCGAAGCUCGAGGACGGCACAGAGGGACACAACAAGACAGCCACAACGCCUCAAAAAAAACACCACACCACCGUCAACAAAGAAGCAUUGGGGCUGGCCUCUCUGCCACUUUACCCCUGACCCAGAUCUUUUACAGUAGCAGCUUUUACGCACAGCACUAGUGUAGUGCCACCCCCAAUGGGAACAUUAGCACUUGUCCGACUGCCUUUUUUGUUUAAUUUCCUCUUCCAACCCUCUCAGCCCUCUUUCAGUUGUUUUCCUUCGAGCCAUUUCUCUUCUCCCUCUAUAAUAUCUCUCAACGUGGUGGACAACAACAGACAGGACAGGGUACAUGGCUCUGCCCUGCUCUCAACACCAUUAUUCAUCUCCGCAGCCGAGCCAACCAUCCAUCCGGGCGAACCAAGUGUCCGCACUCCGCUCGCCCCCAGCUUCCAUUCUGGCCAGAACACCCGCAGACCUUACGCCCUUUUUUUUUUCUGCACUGCUUCUGCAACCACCGUCGGCAUUGCACCGGUUCUUCGUCCCCAUUGGUGUCCCAUUGUUCUGUUCCUCGUCUUAUAUUUACCCGCCUACCCAUAUCGGACCAUUUCCCUGAUCCCGCCCGCCCUUGGGCCUUUCUUCUAAGUAGAGCCCACGGGACGCUGCCUUUGGACUGGACCAGACAGAUGCCAACAUUGGAUUGUUAGCUCCUCCUCCUCCUCCUCCUCACCCCCAUCCCGCCUUGUUGGGCCGGCGCCAUUUAUCACCCAUCACUCCCCGGUCUCCCUACGAGGAACUGGACCGCUGCAGUGAUAUAAAGACGGGAAAGACAUCCCCACUUGCGCUUCCCUUGCUCGCUCGCUGCUCUCAUCGCUUAACCCCCCCGUCCUGGUCAUCAACAUACGAAGGGAGAUCGACUAAACCAUACCGAGACAUACGCGCCCUAACACCGAUCUGUCUGUCUGACCCGGCCGAUCAGGAAAUUUUCAGUCCUUCGUUUUUACAUAGCCUACAACUCGACAUCUGUGUUGUUCCACAGAGUAAUGUACCACCAACUGCUACGACACUCUGUUACAGCCGUGACAUGAUCAUGUACUCGUUUACCUCCCGUUCUUCACAAAAGACUCAAUGGGUUGUCGUCACCCUAGUCGUCCUGCUUUGCCUUGUCAGCCAGGUAACAGCGCGGGCGCUGGCUAUCGAAAUCAAGGAUGACUUGAGCGACUCCAUCGACUUCAAUAAUGCACCGUUGGAUAUCGACACCUCAGAACCACCAACCAUCGAUGAAGGAGAAUGGAUCUUGCUAUCACCGGAGGAGGCGGAGUUGAAGCAUGGAGGGUUGAGGAAGCGUGAGGAAAAGGAAAUCACCUCCGUGGCAUCCGGCUCCGUGACAACCACCUUCCAAAUCGCCGUCUCUACCGUCACCGAGAAACCCACGGGUACUACUUCCACUUUCACCGCCGCCCGGGCCGAAGAGACCGCCGCCGUAUCGAGCUCCCUACCCAAGUUCUUUGACGGCAGUUUAUCCGCCAACUUUGGUCCCAACAGCAACUGCCCGGCUUUUCUCAACUCUUUUCUCAACAACCAGACUUUCAACCAGUGCUACCCCAUCUCGUUAUUGAUGCAGGGCUCCCAAUCCUUCUUCCAAGCCCAACGCUCCCUCGUCUCGCUCACCCGCGUCCUCGACGCCUCGUGCUCUCCCAACGCCAACUUCUGCACCUCCUACCUCUCCUCGCUCGCCUCCGACCUGAUCUCGGACGCCAACUGCGGCGCCGAGUUCCGCGCCGGCCACACCGUCGUCCGCGACGCGUACGUCGCCAUGAUCGCCUACGCCCCCGUUCGCUCGGCUACCUGUCUGAAAGACACCACCACCACCACCUCCUCCUCCUCCUCUUCUUCUUCUUCUUCUUCAGAAGUAGUCGAAGGAUACUGCUACGCAAACGCCGUCAUGAACUUUACCAACCCUAGCUCCGUCUAUGUCUAUCACCUGGCGCUGAAUGUCAGUUUGCCCGGGUCGACGGUGCCGACCUGCGAUGGGUGUCUGAGGGAGACGAUGCAGGUCUAUCAUGCGGCUGCCGCCGACCGCAAGCAGCCCGUGGCGGGAGUUUAUGUGCAGGCAGCCAAGAUGGUGAAUGUGGUUUGUGGCGUGGGGUUUGCUAAUGAGACAUUGCCCGAGGAGAUAGUGUCGUCGUCAACGAGCGGCGGUGGUGCAGCAGUCACAUUGGGGUCAAGGAAGCUGGGGGUGGUGGUGGUGCCGGUUUUGACGACGGUGGUGGCGGGGUUGGUGUGGUUGAUAUGAUAUGAUAUGAGAAUUGAAAUGAUGGAGCUGCUCUGAUCGUUUCGAAGAGGGCAGGCAGGUAAUGCUCGUCGAGACGGAACCAAACACAACAACACUUAAUGGCUUUUUGUCUAAUGAUAAUCAACGGUAUAUAUAUAGGUACAUAUGAGGGGAGGAAGGGCAUGAUACUCUGGAUCUGGACCGGAUGGGAUAGGAUUAGGAGGCUACACUACGGUGCUACAGCAGCAGCAGCAGCAGCAGCAGCAGCGUCGAAAGCCAGCAAAGGAGUGGGAAAGAUAAAGAUUGACGGAAAAACGACCCGGUUUUUGGUCGCGGCUUUUGACUUUUCUCUGGUAAUUUGGUUCUGGUUCUUGGAUAUACCUUUUUUUAACGACCUGAGGAGACGGCGCUUGAUAGAUACCCUUUUCUUUUUCUUGCAUGGAUAUAUUCCAAUAUUAGCAACCUCUUGGAUGAUCACCAUCUACCUUCUCUGGGAAACAUAUAGCCAAUUACAGAUUAGUUGAACAACCUGCCAGUCAAAACGCUCUUGAUUCACGGUCUGCAAUUUUCACGUUCCAUUACUUGGUCGUGUUGCCUCG